UAACCCUUCUAAUUUCAAGAAUCAAUUGAGUUUCUUUACUGAAUAGUAAAUUCCCCUAGGGAGGGGUAGGAUAGCAAUUUUGCUUUUUUAAAAGGAAAAUGAAAGCCCCAUGGCCCCACCGAUGUUUACUUGUUGAGGGUUCGGGUUUAAGACGAGCGCCGCAAUCGUAGCGUCAAAUCGACCGCCGACGGAGCGACCAUGACUGACCAGAGUAACAACCCCAUUGACGCCGAAGAUUCCGACGAGGUCAACCCCUUCACAAUGCUCCUUCCAGGAGAAGAAGUCAACAACGAAUCAGCUCCUCUUCAACAUCAACGCUACAAUCUGCAAUCAAUCGACUCCGCCAUAUCCAUCAGGCAGCUCCCUUCUCAAGGCCUUUCCUUCCAGCUCUGGCCCGCCGCCGCCACUCUCGUUAACCUCCUCGACGGCCGCUAUGACCUUCACCCUAGCCUCUCCGCCUUGCUUGCGGCUGGAAAGCCCCUCCGUGUACUAGAGCUCGGUUCCGGCACUGGCGUGGUGGGAAUAGCCGCGGCGGCGACGCUCGGAGCUAGCGUCACCGUCACGGACCUCCCUCACGUCCUCGCCAACAUUCAAUUCAACAUUGACCUAAACUCCGGAGUCCUGGAAAACCACGGCGGCGCCGUUGACGUGGCGGCGCUUUCCUGGGGGGAAAUGGAGGAUAUGGAAGCUAUUGGGAGAGAGUAUGAUCUGCUGCUGGGAUCUGAUGUAGUGUAUUACGAUCAUCUCUAUGAUCCUCUGCUCAAAACUCUGAGAUUCUUCCUGUUAGAAGGCGAAAGGAAGACGGCGUUCGUUAUGGCUCAUCUGAAGAGAUGGAAGAAGGAAUCGGCGUUCUUCAAGAAGGCUAAAAAGGUGUUUGAUGUUGAGAUCAUACAUAGCGAUCCUCCAUUGGAUGGAUCUCGUAUUGGCGUCGCCGUUUACCUGUUCGUCGCAAAGUCCAUUGACAAACGAUCAUCGUAGCUAAGAGCAACCAAUAGGGGAUCUUUGAUGCAUUUGGUACAGUAAAAAACUAAUGUGUUUGUUUUCACCUAAUAUGAAGGUUGAUUUUUUGGUUGAA